CCCACGGGCCCCCAACAAGCCCUUGAUGGAGCCCUGCAGCUCAGAGCACCACCAAGGGCCCUGCCCUUGCCCCUUCAGAGACUGGGCCAUGUACGGUGGCCAUGCGUCCAUGAGGACACGAGGACCAUGCCGGAUGCCGUGUACUCACCAGGUCUCAGGUGUGGAACCAAGCACCAGGGCAUGAGCAAUGAGGACAAUGUGUUGCCCGUCACGGUCAUUCCUCCUGUGCUAGCCUGAAUCCAUGACCGUGGCCCCUUCGGUGAGCCAAUCUCGGCCCCAGGACACAUUCCUCAUACUUGCCCCAGGGCUCACACCUGGGAGACACAUGCCCCAUUAACACCCACUACAACCAGCAGCAUCAACCCACGAAGUGCCUCCUGCCCCACAGCCAGGCCGGCUGGGCAUCGUCAGCCCUGUACACAGCUGGGCAUCUCUCCCUUUGAUCAAAGCCCAAAUUUUAGGAUUGGUCUAUCUUCAGGCCCUGCCUUGGGCCAGAAGUGCACCCCCCACCCCCCGUGGGAUGGAGCACAGGCUGUCACUUUCAGAAAAUCACCUGAUUUCUGGUCUCUACAAAGCAUCAAAGCAUUUCUACUGUUUUUCCUUUGGAGACAAACACAGGUCAGGAUACUCUGAACUCCACUCAGGAGCCUCACAAGCCGACGGCAUUCAGACAGUGACCCAGCACUGGGGAAACAGCACAACACUAAACACCAACAAGGAAGGGAAGGCUUCGCUAAGCCUGCUGUUGGGACAACACACACUCACAGGGGGUAUAAAAGUCAGCAGCCUGAGCACCAAACACACACUCACACUCAAACACUCACACUCACACUCACACCCUCCUCCAGCCCUGCCACCCCCACCCCCACCAUGGCCGCGUCCACCCUGUCCGUCUGCUCCAGCGACCUGAGCUACGGCAGCCGCGUCUGCCUGCCCGGCUCCUGUGACUCCUGCCCCGACUCCCCCUGGCAGGUGGACGACUGCCCAGAGAGCUACUGUGAGCCUCCCUGCUGCGCCCCCACCUGCUGCGCCCCCAGCUCCUGCCUGACCCUCAUCUGCACCCCUGCAAGCUGCGUGUCCAGCCCCUGCCAAUCAGCCUGCACCAGCUCCUGCCAGCCCUCUUGCUGCAGCUCCUCCCCCUGCCAGGAAGACAGCUGUGUGUCUGUCUGCUGCACCCCUGUCUGCUGCAAGCCCGUCUGCUGCACCCCUGUUUGCUGCAAGCCCGUCUGCUGCACCCCUGUCUGUUGUGAGACCUCCCCCUGCUCAUCCUCCUCAUGCUGCCAGCCCCCCUGCUGUGCCCCCAGCUCCUGCCUGACCCUCCUCUGCACCCCUGCAAGCUGCGUGUCCAGCCCCUGCCAAUCAGCCUGCACCAGCUCCUGCCAGCCCUCCUGCUGCAGCUCCUCCCCCUGCCAGGAAGACUGCUGUGUGUCUGUCUGCUGCAAGCCCGUCUGCUGCACCCCUGUCUGCAGCACCUCUGUCUGUCCGGGGGCCUCCCCCUGCUCUGCCCCCUCCUGCUGCCAGCCCAGCCCCUGCUCCUCGUCCUGCUGCAGGUCCUCUUCCUGCGUGUCCCUGCUCUGCCGCCCCGUGUGCAGACCCGCCUGCUGCGUGCCCGUCUCCUCCUGCUGUGCCCCCGCCUCCUCCUGCCAGCCCAACUGCUGCCGCCGGGCCUCCUGCGUGUCCCUGCUUUGCCGCCCCGUGUGCUCCCGCCAGGCCUGCUGUGGCCCCGCCUCGGCCCAGAAGUCCUGCUGCUGACCGGGCACAUCUUCUCACUGCUACUAGGGCCAGCUCGUAUGUCCACCUGAAAUAUUUGAAGCCUUGAGCCCAGUCUGGGUCUCCUUCUGCCCCAGAGCACCCACCUCAGCAAGCAAGGCUGAGCUCUCACUGUCAGACUGGCUCUCUGGGCAGCUCCAAGCUCCCUCCAGGCCCUGUAUGUCACCCAGCAUCCUCCUCUCCUGGCUGGAUUGUGGUCACUUUGUCUUGCCCUAUGUGAGUGACCUGUCUGUUGACCAAUAAAGUUAUUGUCGAUCCUUCUCCAAAGGCCUCAAAUGCAUAUCUUGACAGACCACAGGGAAGGGCUCUGAUGCUGCACGUGGGCGGGGCUGCGUCCAGGGCAGCAGCUCCCUGGGCAGGACUGGC